GCAGCUGGGCACGGUUCCAGAAGCAGAGGCACUUGGUUUCAAAGACAAAGAAGCCAGUGCAAACGUAGGGAGAAACCUGGAACAUUGCGUGGUGGAUUUUUUCAGAGCGAUGACUCAUUUCAGUUCACAAAGGAUUCUGGGCAGGGUAGUGAGAAGUCAGGUUGGCUGAUCCAUUCCUAUGACUUCACUUUGCAGAGAGCCAGGCAGAAGAGGAGUGACACUGCAGAAUCCUGAGGCACUGCAGUGGAGAGGUGCUUUGCUAAGACUGUCCUGUGGCACUGAUCUCUGCUGCUGCCAGCUUCCACAGUGAUAUAAAGCCCCAAUAUGCACAGUGUUCUUACAUCACAGAUACUCUGGAUACUGUACUGGAGCAUGGAACCAUAUCAUAGGGGUUCAGGUGAUGUAUCACCAAUCAGCAUGUCUCCCAUCAGUCAGUCACAGUUUAUUCCACUUGGAGAAAUCCUUUGCCUGGCCAUCUCAGCAAUGAACUCUGCCCGAAAACAAGUCACACAAGAAGCACUAAUGGAGCACCUAACAACCUGCUUCCCAGGGGUUCCAACACCCAGUCCAGAAAUCCUUCGACAUACGUUGAAUAUGCUUGUACGGGAGAGGAAAAUAUACCCAACUCCAGAUGGUUAUUUCAUUGUAACCCCGCAGACUUACUUUAUAACACCAUCUCUCAUAAGAACUAACAGUAAAUGGUACCAUUUGGAUGAGAGGAUACCUGACAGGUCUCAAUGUACCUCUCCACAACAAGGGACUAUCACUCCCUCCACCUCGGGAUGCGUCAGGGAUCGAACACUACCCAAAAACCACUGCGACUCCUGCCAUUGUUGCAGAGAAGACAUGCACAGCAUGCAUGCAUCUACCCUACAGAGGAAGUCAGCCAAGGACUGUAAAGACUCAUAUUGUCCUCCUUCAUUAUGCCAGGUCCCACCCACUGAGAAAAGUAAAAGUACUGUCAAUUUUUCUUACAAGGCAGAGACGCUCACAAAGCCUAAGGAUGUAGAAAAACAGUCUAAGAAAUUUGGACUCAAAUUAUUCCGCUUAAGUUUUAAGAAGGACAAGACAAAACAGUUGGCAAAUUUUUCUGCCCAGUUUCCUCCAGAGGAGUGGCCACUGAGGGACGAGGACACCCCUACCACUAUACCUAGAGAGGUAGAGAUGGAGAUUAUCAGGCGCAUUAACCCAGAUUUGACUGUGGAAAAUGUCAUGAGACACACUGCACUAAUGAAGAAACUUGAAGAAGAAAAAGCUCAACGAAGCAAAGCGGGAUCUUCAGCUCACCACAGUGGACGAAGUAAAAAAAGUAGGAAUCACAGAAAGUCUCAUGGGAAAUCGAGGUCCCACAGCAAGACUCGGGUAUCCAAAGGAGAUCCAUCAGAUGGCUCUCAUUUGGAUAUACCUGCAGAAAGAGAGUAUGAGUUCUAUGAUCCCUUGACUCGAUCCCCACGGGAAGGCUGUUUCAUAAUAGAACACAAGGGAGAUAAUUUUAUAAUGCACAGCAACCCUAGCAUGAUUGAAUCUCACUUUCCCAUGACACCAGAAUGGGAUGUGUCCGGUGAGCUGGCCAAAAGAAGAACUGAAAUGCCUUUUCCUGAACCUUCCAGGGGAAGCUCCCACUCUAAGGUCCAUCGGAGCCACAGCCAUACACAGGAUAGACGAUCGAGGAACGAGCGGUCUAGUAAGGCUAAAGAAAGGUCUAGAUCCAUGGAUAACUCCAAGGGACCUCUGGGCUCAGCUACUUUAGGCACUCCUGAAGACAUGGGUGAAGGCUGUAGCCCAGAUGACCAAACAACUAGCCAAACUUACAUUGAUGAUAGUACUUUAAGGCCAUCUCAGUCGCUCAGUCAUCAAAGGGCUCUGAUUUCAUCUGCAGGCUACAAAGAGACUUGCAUCCCUGAAAUAGCUAGCGGCAGUGUAGAAACCCCCAGUUCCUGUAGUCUGUUGGAACAAAAGCCUACGGAGAAUUUGCCAUCGUAUAGUGAGCUCAACUCCUGCACAACAAAAUCUGCAGUCGAUGACUAUUUCCAGUGCAACACGUCCAGUGAGACUGUGCUUACUGCUCCGUCACCACUGGGAAAGAACAAAGAGGAUCAUGACACGCUGACAGGGACAGAUGGGCUCAAAAAAAUGGCUCCCUCAGAAAGACAGUCUCAGCAUGUUCCCAGGGAGCCUGGGGUGCACAAAGAGGAGUCCCCAAAAGGCCCAAGCAGUGGUUCAGCAGUUGUAGGCCAGACUCCAGAGGUGAUUGCAAACGGACGGCUGGUUCAACACCACAGUGCUGAAUCAAGCAGCCUUGAUAAAAGGAAAGAAAUAUUUAGCAAGGAUACACUCUUCAAACCUCUGCACAACACUCUUUCUGUGAAUAGUUUCCAUAAGUCUAGCACGCCCCUGCUAAAGCCCCAUCAAAAGACCCCUUCUGACACGUUACCAGUCAGAUGUGAGAAACUUGAACAAGCGAUAGUAACCUCAGUCACACAAGUCAUGCCUGUCUCACAGAGACAGCAAGAGACAGCUGGGAACCAGGAGGCCUCGUUUGACUACUACAACGUAUCUGAUGAUGACGACUCAGAGGAAGGAACCAACAAAAAUGCCGAGGAAGAGAAGAACAGGGAUGAUGUUGGCACAAUGCAGUGGCUCCUGGAGAGGGAAAAAGAGAGAGAUCUGCAAAGAAAGUUUGAGAAGAAUCUCACUCUUCUCACCCCAAAAGAAACAGAAAAUAGCAACAACCAGAGAGCCACCCACUCAGCCCGCCUAGACAGCAUGGACAGCAGCAGCAUUACUGUGGACAGCGGGUUCAACUCUCCACGUACUCGGGAGAGCCUGGCAUCCAACACUUCGAGCAUUGUUGAAAGCAACAGACGUCAGAACCCUGCUCUGAGCCCAGCACACGGCGGUGCAGGCCCAGCGUUCAGCUUCCGAGCCACCGCAGACCCGCCGACAAGCGAAGCUGAGAAACUGCAGAAACCAGCUAACUGCCUGCAAGCUUCUGUCACUAGUGUCUGAUAGUCAGCCUGCCUCAGAAUUUCUGUCUUAUCCCAUACAGCAAAGUUUACGACACUGGGACUGAUGUUUACAUCUUUGGAGAAAAAAAAAAAAAAAAAAAAAAAAAAGCAUCUCAACCACAGUUUUAGUGUUUACUUAAACUGUGCUGCUAUGUAGACUAGGGGCAACAAAUAAAUCUUUCUUUCGAGGUAUUGCUUUUCACAUUUGCGGCUCUGUAGCAACAGAAUAGCAGUAGGGAUAAUAUGUACACUUUUUGCUUCACUUAAUUGUAACUGAGCACAUAUAUGAAAGUCUAGACACUGUAAGUGUAAUCUGCAUUUUCAAUGUCCAUGCAGUUGCCAACUUCAUUUAAAAAAAAAUGCCACAGAUGUGUGAUGCCCCUGGUCAGAAGCUAAACUCUGCUGCAGAGUUGGUUUCCUUCAAAAAUUGAGCCAGUGCUGACAGUGACCAGCCAGGAUCACCGCGAGGAAAAAUGAUGCCAAACGUGACGAGUGAUGACCUCGGCUCUGUCUGCGAAUUAUCGGUACCCAUCAGUCAUUUCCACUGUGCGUUUUGGCGACAAUUUUGCAAAUACCUGUUGAAGUGAAUAAGAAGAGGUUCUUUUUUUAGAUUGUGGAGGGUGGGGAGGGAGACGGCUUUCCCUUUUGUGUUUCAGAAGUAUGAGAGAUGCUCGUGUACUGAAGCUCGCUGCAUGACCUUCCGCGGUCACAAAUGGGGUGGUAGGCCUUUGCGUAGAGGGGGGAAUGGGGAGGGAAGGGAAAGUUAUAACUGUUGCAGAGCUGCGGCGCGGAGUGACACAAAAUAUAGGAAAUAUCUUCAGUUUACGUAGAGUGUUUUAAAAAGAUAAUCUGAUUUUCGUGUCACUUCUGGUAUUGCAUCUUGCCAUUAACGCAGGAACCAGAAAAAAAUCUGAUUUCUUUGAACACAAAUAUUCUUUAUGAUAUAAAUGACAAGUAUGGCCUGAAGAACUGAUUUCUUUCUAGUGGAAGGACAUAAAUCUAUUUUAUGUAGCUUAUUAAAUAGAGUGCCUAAAUUAGGCUAUUAAAAAAUAGCAUACAGUGUAGUUAUUAUCAGAGAACAAAAUUUAGAGAAUUAUAAACUUCUGGCCUUUUUAUUCAGUGGAUGUUAUUUGCAAUUUAGCAUUUUAUGGACAUGUUUAGUUUCUAGAAAUUAAAUGUGUCCGUAUGGUGGGCAGUAGAAAACUGAAUUCUGUAAGUAUGGUUUAUCCUAAUUGCUCUCCCCAAAACUGUUACUCUGGAGUAAUUUGUGCCAUGCUAAUUACUGCAGAGUAACUUCUAGGGAUAGUUGAACUUCAAAAAUAAUUUUGAGGUGUAGGGUCACAUUCUGCUCUGUUCCUCAUACAACCUGGUAGUGCAACAAACUGACUUCAGAAUUAAUUCUGUCUUCGUUUUCUGUCAGAACAGACAAAUUGGUGGAAGAAUAACAAAGAUAUGAAAUCGUUCAGCAGUCCAAACUGUUGAAUAGAAGAGAGACAUUUCCACUGUCUAGCUCCUGUAGUACACAGGUAUUAAAACCAACUGUACAUACUAAGAACCAGUCUUUUCAUCAGGUUCUGGUGACAUGCAUUACUCUGUACGCAGAGUCAUUUGAGCUUCACUCGUGUUCUAUAUUCUCAUCAGAAGUCUUCACUGAAGGUUCAGCCUUAUGUUAUGCAGUUGGAUAUGAGUUCAUUUUCUUACCAGCCGGCUUGCUAACUGGAUGCGACCAGUUUCUAAUUCUGUAAGAACAUCUCCAGUACCCAGUAAAUGCACAGGUCUGCUUUCCUUGGUUUCAGUGUACAAAUUCCAUUUCACAGGAGCAAUAAGACCUUUUGGUGCACAUGAAGGAAAUUAUUGUGCUUUUGGUUGGUUAUCAAAGUCACUUGGCCUUUAGCCUUCUGCCUUAUCAUACCUUCCAAGAUGUGCUCUAAUGACCAUAUAGCGCUUUGCAUGACGCAUCUUACUAUUCAAUAUGUAACUCCAGCCGUGCUUACUCCAUGCAAACUGUAGAGUCAGAGAUUUUGUGGGGAGCUGUCAUAUACUGUGCAGUAGCUGACUGUGAUUUUGUUUUCUGAGGCAAGCUCUGAUAUCAGUAGUAUGUAUCCAUUCAGUAAAUAAAAAUGUCAAAACUUAAAAAAAAAUAAUAAUAAUUACAGCCGAUGAUCUGAAGUACAAAUGGCAGUAUUAGAAUGUGAGGAGCAAGAGCAAAUUUUAUCUUCUGGAGAAGUGUUUGUCAUAAAGUAAUCAGAACUUAUGCAGGCAGCUGGUUGUACAGAAGACAUAGUUCCAACAAAAUAUGGCAGUACAUACCUACAAACUGUGUAGUAUGUAGUUUCCUAAAGUUCCCAGAGACCAGCAGACAACAUAAAUGUCAUAUUAAUGUUGACGUGGCAUUGUACCAAUAUUAAUGUGACUCUUGGAAUAUGGAAUGUAAACAGAAGUUUCAAAUAGAAACGUUUUAAUCUUGAAUUACUUUUUUUUUUUUUUUUUCCUUUUUUUUUCCUUUUUUCUGUCUUUUUUCUUUAAAAUCAACAAUGGAAUAUAAAGAAAUUCCAUCUUGAGGUUCUGGUAACAAAACCACGAGAGUGGAGCUUGAGUGCUUUAUGUCACCCUAAUCCUUUGAUGAAAUCAUAGCCUUGUAUUACGUGGUUGCUUAUCUAUCAUUCUUCUAAUGUAUCGAUUUAAAGGUUUACAGAGUUAGAUUAGGUUGAAUCUGUGUUGUGUUCAACUGUAAAGGGUCAACACAAAUCUGUCGGCAUUUUGCACACUUGAUAUGUAUUAUUAUAAUACAACAUGUUACUUUUAUGGUAAUUUUUUUUACACAUAUAACUACCUCCAUGAAUUUGAUGAAAUGCAGCAACAUAAAAGCGUAUUGUACAAAGCAAGGUUAAAAACUUUGAAGCAUUAGCUCAUGGCGUUCUCUUGUGUGUCAAUGCUUGCGUAUGAAGUCAUCGUGUUUCCAUUGCCACGAUUUCCUUUUACAAUAUUAAAAAUCUGUCUUUCAGAUGAGUCAUGUAAGACUUUGACAAGGCUGCAUAAUUUGGAUAACAGUGAAAAGGGAGGCUGAACCCUCCCAUCCUCUCCCCAGUUACUGCUACAAUUUCUGCCUGGUAGAACUUGAAAAUGUGUAUGUAACUGAGCAAAUUAGGAACAUCUACAGUCUGUGAAAUACGAUUGAGGGUGUGGGGUUGUAGGGGAAGACGCUCCGGGUAUUUUCUUGGCAGCCUGCAAAUAUGCUGGGCCCUAUUCUGCCUCCUUUUGCCAACAGGUCAGGUCAUGGUUUCUCGGAACUGGCAAGAGUUAGAACAGCAAUAUGUGCUCUGGUUUCUGGAGCGUGUACGUCAGAACCACUCACUCUUGUAGAAAUGAGCAGCAGCUCUUAAUUGACUUUGCUGGGAGCAGCAUUAGGGACCCUGCUUGAGGUAUGUGCCUAUUGUUCAAAGAACAUGGCCAAGUUCCCAAGAAAAAUGAAGCCGGCCUUGGAAGUAGCCAGUUGCAACAAGCCACCUUUCAGAAGGGAAGAAAGAUUUUCCAAAAACCAAAGGAAGAAAGUGGCGGCUGAACUUAAGCAGAUCAUAUUUAUAUACAAGCCCCGAUUUUUGAACACCUCUUUCAGCAAACCUAGUGCCAUUAUCGCAGUGCAGGUUAAUAUACGGUCAUCAGCAGAGCUAAUUUAGCUGUUAAAAUAGUUCAGUUAAAAAUCGUAAGAGGUCCAUUUGACUCUGCAUCAUUGUAAAACAUCUGUAAAACAAGCAGCGAUGCUUGCUUAACUUUAAAACAUAUCAGGAAAGAAAUAUUGUAAUGAAAACCACAGCCUAGUGCUUGCCAGAGCAGUCAUUCUUACAGCAGAGAAUGAGGAAGCCAAGGUCAUGCUUUGCACCCAGAUCACGCUCUCUGGCCCUGGAGCCCUCCGUGUGGUUCAGCCAGGGCAGGCAGGUGGGUGGCACCGUCCCCAUCUUGUGUCAGGGCAUGCUGGAAAAAAACAAAAAAACAAAA